AUACCGUUUAUAAAACAGGCGCUGAAAGUGAGUCCACAUAAACUGCGACUCUUCGGCAGCCCCUGGAGUCCUCCCGCGUGGAUGAAGACUAACCAUAGGCUCAACGAAAGCGGUUAUAUAAGGGGCGAUCAGUACUACCAGUCGUGGGCCAACUAUUUUGUCAAAUUUCUGGACGCAUACAAAUCACAUGACAUACCCGUAUGGGGACUGACCGUAGAGAACGAGCCUUUGGCGGGAUUACAACCGCACUAUGCGUUCAAUUGUCUCAACUUCACGGGACCGGCGGAACGGGAUUUCGUAAAACUAAACUUAGGCCCAACCCUAGCGAAGGCCGGGUAUACACCGGAUGUGCUAAAACUCAUGGUAUUUGACGACAACUCAAACUUUUUGGCAGAUUUUGUGAAACCAAUUUUGACCGAUAAAGAGGCGGCAAAAUACGUGUCCGGUAUUGCCUAUCACUGGUAUAAUAAUAACCCGAUGGGAGGCUUUCCCGACCCGUUCCUCACCGAAGUUCACAACACUUAUCCCAAU